AUGGCUAAGGCUCUUUUCUUCGUGGCUUCUCUUUUCCUCUACGUCCUAUCGCUAUCGUCGCUCGCAGCGGCAACCCAACGUUUAGAUUUGGCUGGCAGCUACAAACCAAUAGAAAACAUAGAUGACCCAAAGAUUCAGAGCUUAGGUGAGUUCGCAGUCAAUGAACACAAUAAACGGGCAAAAACUCAACUCCACUUCCAAAAAGUGAUCAGUGGAGAAAUGCAAAUUGUAGCCGGGACCAACUAUAACCUUCGAUUGACAGCUCUUGAGGGGACUAGUAGCCGAACAUAUGGCACCCUUCUGUUCACUGACCUUAACAACAAGAACAACCUUAUCAACUUCUUUGGCGUCUCCAACUAG